UAAAAAAACUUUUUCCUUUUAUCAAUUAUAGUGAAUUUAUCAAUAAAAAAACCCGCAGCGUGGCGAUAAGGGAUGAUAAUAACCCUAAUAAGGUUAUUCCUUCGACGAAACACAUUCAACCUUUUCCUGGAAAACCUUAUUCCCACCAAACCAAACUCCAAACUCCCUCCAACCCAAGGUUCUCUUUUUUCACUGAGUGUUGCAUGGUGCACCCAUUCAACAAUAUAAAUGGUAAUGGAGCGCCUCAGAACAAUUUGGACACCUGAGAUGGAUCGUUAUUUCAUUGAUCUUUUGUUGGAGCAGGUUGGCGAUGAUGGCAAUAGGUUCCAUGAUCAUUUGUCCAGACAAGGUGCAUGGAAACACAUCUCUUCAUUGUUCAAUGCAAAGUUCAAUUUUCAAUACGAAAAAGAUGUUAUCAAGAACCGCUACAAAACAUUGAGGAAUUUGCACAGGGAUGUUAGUUACAUUCUUGCCCAGCCAGGGUUUAGCUGGGAUGAAAAGAGGAAUAUGGUCUCUGCUGAUAAUCAUGUUUGGGAUGAAUAUCUCAAGGUACAUCCCAGUGCAAGAUCUUGCAGAGUCAAAAGCAUUCCCUAUUUCAAAGCUUUGUGUACUAUAUAUGGAAAUGCAGUGACACAAGAAAAAGGUGAUAAUGGACAAGUAGGGUCAUCUAAUGUAGGUGAGGUUGCGGAUGAGGUUUUUCAUGAUAUAAAGGUGGAUGAAGACUGUGGAAUCUCUACCUUGGAAAAUGGCACCGGCGAUUCUGAACAGGGGGCACCAAAGGCAACAGCAACCUCUUUCCGUACCCGGAAUCGGACUUGUUGGCAGCCACCAAUGGAUCGCUACUUCAUUAACCUAAUGCUUGCCCAUGUGCACAAAGGCAAUCAUGUUGAUGGUGUCUUCAGCAGACAAGCAUGGAUGGAGAUGAUUUCAUCAUUCAAUGAAAAGUUUGGUUUUGACUAUAGUUUGGAGAAUCUUAAAAAUCGAUACAAAACUCUGCGAAGACAGUAUAAUUUAAUUAGAAGUCUUCUUGAUUUGGAUGGGUUUGUCUGGGAUGAGACGCGCCAGAUGGUUACUGCUGAUGAUUGUGUCUGGCAAGAUUAUAUCAAGGUUUAUUCGGAUGCACGGCAGUUUAUGACGCGACCUUUACCAUAUUAUAAAGCUCUGUGUGUCAUAUAUGACCCGAAUUUUGAUGGAAAAGAAUCUUAUCUGGCUCAAUAUUUAGAGCUUCAAAAUGUAGCUGAUGUAACGACUGAGAGUCCAUGGACUUCUAAAACUGGUCAGUCUCCUAAUACAUCCAAUUCCAAUGAAGAUCAAAGGCAGUUAGCUCAUAUUGGACAGAAACAAAAGCGUCAAUUGGAAAAGUGUCCAGAUUCUACUAGUCCUAAAAAAUCGAAGGAUGAUGAACAAGGCAUGGCUAUUGCCCUUCAUGAGAUGGCAACUGUAAUUUCUACUCUGUCUACAAAUACUAACAAUGAUAACUCAAUAUCAAUUGAGACUGUCAUAAAAGAAGUACAAGCAUUGCCUGAUAUGGAUGAAGAUCUAGUUUUGGAUGCUUGCGAUUUCCUGGAGGAUGAAAAAAAAGCCAAAACAUUUCUGGCACUGAAUGCAAAGUUAAGAAAGAAAUGGUUGAUUAGGAAACUUCGCACACAAGUGUAGCCUGUGCAAACUUUCAAUUGAUUUUUUUUUAUUGGUUAGUGGUUUUUGUCCAUAUACUUUUACCAGGAAUAGCAGAUUAGCUUUUUUUUGAAGCAGAUUAGGGCAACUCAUAUUUGAGAAUAGAAUUAGUAAUUUGUUGUUUGGCUAAUAA